UGUUCAGUCUCAGUCUAUUGUUCAAGUCUUGGAGCAGAUGGAUUGCCUGUGGCAGGGCUGCACUUUGCGCUUUCAAAGCGCGCAGGAGUUGAACAGCCACCUGAAAGUUGUUCAUGUCGUCGAGGCGCAGCGCUUGGGCAAACUCGAACCGUCUCAAGGGUAUUCGUGCACUUGGAUGGGAUGCGACCCAAAGCCAAGAGUACGCAAAAAUUUUGAACGCCACGUCCUGCAGCACUCUGGACUUCGUUCGUUUGUCUGUCCGUUCUGCUACACGAGUUUCAAGCUAGUCCACGACAUCAGGAUACACUUUUCAACGUGUGUUUCCAACCCAACAACAUGGUCGGCGUCUCAAGUUACGCAGUUUGUACGGCUGCAUGGCGCAAAAUCCCCUCCAACGGGUGUCACGGGACAAGACUUUGCUGAAGCCUACAGCACAAGCUGGUUCAAAUGGCGCCUAAGCGACACAAACAGGGAACGGCUGUACGCAAUUCUGACGGGAAACUCUUUCGAUCAGCUCUCUUCCGACUCGUCUAGUUCCAGUUCAUCGUCUCCCCUCGAUACAUCAGUCGAUGCGGACACACAAAGAUUCGCGCAGGCGGUGCGCUCCAACGCCGAUUUCCCGGUUGGUCUUGCUUUAGAUCCGGAAGCCCCUUUUCCGCCCGAUUUUGAGUUCAACCUUAAUGCUUUUUUGAAUCCAUCACUGUUGGAUCAAAACUACGCCCAAGUCAGUCACGACCGUUCUCCACUCCAGCGAUCGGUGGAGAUGCCGUCAGAGUUCGGUUACGGCUCACCUUCAGUGUCGUCAUUCCAUGCUACUACAGCUGAUCAACAAGAGAUGCCAGCAGACUUGGGUGCUUCACUCCGGAGCGAAAUCGAGACGGAUUCAGAGUGGAAACUGGUUGCUCAAAGCGCCGAUUGUCAAAGUGCCUUCCCAGACUCCGAGAUGCUUGAAGCUCAAGCUAAUACAACGUGGAUUUCAGGCCGGGAACCACAAUCAGGCGACCUUUAUGCGGCCGGACGUUCAACAGAAACGAUGCCAGUCAGGUUUGUCAUCAAUUCUCGCUCGUUGCCGAGCCAAUCUCGCUCAGCUGAUGGCAGUGCUGCUCCACCAGCACCAGCUUCACCCGGUGUCAAGGCAAAGAAGCAGUCGAGUCUACCGAGGCCCGAAGCUCUGGGUGCACGCGCCCCCGAAGCUCGCGCAGCGCGCGGCAAGCCUCUCGUCACGGGUGGUUCUGCGGCGCGUGCGAUGGCCAUGGCGACAGUUGCCCAAGCUCCGGUUGCUCCAAGCCGAUCAAACUCUGCCUCCUCGCCCGUGCCAGCUCCCACUGCUCAGGUUGUUCCCUCAGUUGCAAGACGAUCAAACUCUGCCUUCUCGCCAGCGCCAGCAGCUCCGGCCGUUUCCUUCGCUGCAAGCCGAUCCAACGCUGCCUUCUCGCCAGCGCCAGCUCCUGCUCGGGCUGUUUCCUCCUCUUCUUCCGACGGAUCGUAUGCUGCAAUCAGAACCGCCACCUUGUCGAUGGCGCAGUAUGAUUGCCCGAUUUGCAGCAAGCAGUUCACUGGCGUGUCACUCGAAGAGUUCAACGAGCAUGUGGACGUUUGCCUCACCUCUCCCUCUGAGAGUUCUGGAUCUGGUUUCAUCGCUAGUGCCCUUGGUGUCAUUGGUGGUGUCCGUGCUGCUUUGCAAGCUUCUUUAUCUGACAUGAUGCAACCAAUUCCUAAAGCGCAAGGUGGCGGUGAUACCUCUGUUCCUGUUCGAAUGCAAGGUGGCGGUGCUCGCUUUGAUAGGCCCGAUGUGAUUGCGACGUUUGAAUGUGCUCAAGGAACGCAGCUAGCUGAUGAAAUGCACGCCAUGUCUCUGAACAAUUCUGCCUGGGAAUCCAACGAUGAUGACGACGACGAUGACGAGGACGACGAUGACGAGGACGACGACGAGGACGACAAGCCACUUACCUUGAUGGAGCGCAUCGCAUACGCUCGCCUGAGGAUGACAAAGCCCAACCCGCCCGAGUUUUACGUUCGGCUGUUUGCCAAGCUGCAGGCUGCCGGUUCUCGUGACGCCCGACCCUCUGCUCGCUGACGAGCAAGCCCGUUUUUUUUAACCCCUAGCCUCGAUCAAUGCGUGUUGUUGUUUUCUUUUCUGAAGAUGAUGAGCUCUGUGCGGCGACACGCACCGAGUUUUCAAUAUUGUGUACAGAACAUUGCCUGAAUCAAUGAAAUUGUCAAACUGGAUGGUUGUUUCUUGUUUGCUGUUUAUUUUCGACCAACAAGGUUCAGUCUGAG